AUGAAUCUCGAUGUCGUGGACGCGACUGCCGAGGCGCUGCCCCUUGAGCUGCUCAACAACACGAACAAAGAGCUCACCGCCCAGCUCACGCGCUUUGAGCAGCAGCUGGAGGAGCGGCAGGGCAGCGUCGAAGACCAGCGGCGGCGACUGCAGUUUAUGAAGGAGCACCUCAGCAAUGUCCGAGCAGAAAUUGUCAACACACAGAGCCUCUCCGAGACAAAGAAGCGCGAGGUGGAGUCGGAGGAGAGCAUGUGCCGCGUCAUGGAGCGCGAAUGCGCGCGGCUGCAGCAGCGGCAAACGCAGCUGGAGCAAAACUCCGAGGACGUCCGAGACCGGCUGACGUCGGUACAGGACCGCAUCUUUCGUGGAAAUCUGAAGCUCGAGGAGCUCAAGACUUCACUGGACUACAACCAGGAGGAGCUGGAGCAGUGGGACGAGGCCCGCCGGCAGAAGGAGGAGGAUGAGCUCGCCAUCGCGCAGUACUCCAAGAUGGAUGAGACAAAGGUGAAGCAGCUCACCCAGCGCAUCGAGAAGCUCGAGAACGGCGUGCGGAAGCAGCGCAAGCAGCUUGACGAGGAGGUGCUGGCCACGCAGCACGUGCAGGGGGAGCUGGACCGUGUCGCCAACGAGUACCGCAAGCUUCACGACGACCGUAGUGGCAUACUGGACGAGUGGGAGUUGGUGGUUCGCACCAUCGCCGAGCGUGACGAGGCCAUCCGCAUCGCGGCAGAGCAGUACGCCGAGGGCGUUGCCUGGAUUCUGCAGCGGCAGCAGCUCAAGAAGUCGCUCUCGGCCUCACUGGAUGAGGCGCAGGAGGAGACGGAGGUGAUCAACUACACCAUCCAAGAGCGCGAAAAGACGUCGCACAAGCUGCAGGAGGCGGUGCCGGUGCUGACCCAGCAGGUGCAGAGCGUACAGGAUGAGGUGGAUGCCCUGCGCGAGAAGGCGUCGCGGGCCACGCGGGACAAGCGGGCGGUGAUCCUGCAGCUGGAGGAGACCAUCACAGAGAUCGAGCGCCGGAAAAGGGAGCUGGCAAUGACCGAGAAGGGCCGAACCACUGCUGCGGAGAAGCUGAAGGAGGAGGAGAUGACUGCCAACGACCUUCAGAAGCAAGCCCAGUUUAUUGCCCAGCUGCUGAAGGACGCCGAGAUGGCCUCCCACAAGAUCACCAGGGAUAUUGAGCAGCUCAAGACGACGACCUUCAGGGCGAACCAGGAGCUUGCUAAGGUGCGCGCCGCCCAGACGACGAGCCUGAGCGAGAUCAGUGGGGCACAGGCACAGGGCAAGAACUACAAGGCCAAGAUCGAUCAACUCGAUGGCGAAUCCUUUGCUCAGCAAGGGGUGCUGUACAACAUCGAGUUCAGUGUUCAGCAGAUAGAGAAGCGUGUCAGUCGUGCCAAGGGCGAACGCACCGAGGAGGAGCGGAAGGAGCUGCGCAGAAAGAUCGAUCUUCUGCAGACCACACUUGACGAGCUCGAGAAGCAAAACCGAAUUCUGCAGAACCAAGUGAAGCGGGUGCGAGAGGAGAUGCGGAAGUCGUCCAUUCUGAUCGAGAAGUUGGAGGCGACAAAGAAGCGGUCUCUCGAGGAGGUGUUAGAGAUGGACCUGCGUUGCACACACAGUGACCGUGAAGAGAAGCAGCUGGAGAAGCAGCGUGAGGACCUCCUCAUCAAGGUGGACACGUUAGAGCUGCAGCUGGGCCGCCUGCGCAACUUGCUAAGAGUCAAGGACGCAGAGUUGCUCACGUUGGAGGAAAAGAAGCGUCAACUGGAGGCUGACGUGGCGGAGCGCGAGGCGGAGAUUGAGGUGCAUCACCGUCUGCUCAGGAUGGAAGCGAAGCUGGCGGAGGAAGAGCGCAAGCGCCUUGUGACGGAGCUGCUGGAGCGUCAGAAGAACUUGACAGCGGUGAAGAACAGGCAGGAGGUGCUUGUAGGUCGCAUGGACCCGGCACAUGCGCGACUGUCGCAGGUCCAACUCGUUAUUGCGGCAGCGAAAGAGCGCGAGGACCUCCAGUACCGUGGGGACUCCCUUGAUGCGCGCAUCCGUCGCAUGGAGAAGGAGAUGCUGAAGCUAGAGAAGACGAUCGCUAUCAUCAGGGCAAGCAAUGAGCAGUACAGGCACCAGUUCGACAAGGUUUCUGACAAGGACGAGGAGGUGCAAACGCAGAAGGCCCUAAAGAACAAGUUCAAGGAGCUCAAGAGCGCGAUAAGCCGCCGCACUCUGGAGGUAAACGACUUUCAGGCCACCACACGCAACAAGCAGGAGGAGCUGCGGGCACUGCAGUUUGAGAAACAGCGUGUUGGGCACAUGCAGGAGCAGCUGUUGAAGGAGUAUGAAGCUGUCACGCAAGACAUUCUAGCGUUGCGUGAGGCCGCCAUUCGCUAUGAUCAAGCCAUCGAGAAGGCCAAGGGGAACGUCGAUGCAGCUGUGGUGGGCGAUAUCGAACUUGUUUGUACACGCGAGAGGCUGGACAACACCAUCGCUCAGCUUCUCUCUCUCUCCCGAGAGGCUGGUGAGGAGGUGCUCGAUGUGGUUAAACAGAUGCUCACUGCCCAUCAGCUGUCCAUCGAAGGUGCCUAG